AAUGGCAACAUGCGUGUUUCAGUAGUAGCAAUUCUGUGCAUCAUGUGGCUACUUUUAAUAUGAAAAUACUUCUCUCGUUAGUUUUGCGUUAGUUUUGGUUUGUCGCCUGUUUUCGUUUCGCGAAUAUGUCCGUGAACGCAUCAAAGCACGAGCUGAUCCAGCUGAUCUACCGACACUUGAAGGAGCAUGGUUAUCACUCAGCUGCAGAUGAGCUACAGAACCACAGCCCGCAGGAGGAGACAAAAGUAUCAGCGUCGUUACUUGACAUCUACACGUCAUGGUUGAAUAACUCUAAAAAGAAAGGGCAGCCUAACUCAGCAGAACAAGGAAGGACUCCAACUAAAGCCAAGUCUACACCAUCAAAAAAGAAAAAGGAAACACCUAAAAAAAAGCCAAAGGUUUCAAAAGAGUCUACUCCUGCAAAAGGAAAAAAAAAUAAAGGUAAAGCUACAGAAAAUGUCACCGGGAAGAAGAAAUCAAAGUCCCAAAGAACACACAAGGUUGUGACUCCUGGUGCUGACGAUUCAGACUCUGACAGCAGUCUGGAUGUAGACAAAUGGAAGAAACUGCUCCAGCAGAUGACAGAUGCCGACAUAGCCAAGAUGAAUGCCAUCAAUGCUCUGGACUCAUCUGCACCCCCGAAAAAGAGAGUCAGAAAGCCCCGGGCUAAGGCGCCGGCGAAAACUGGAACUCCAGUUAAACAGAGUGACGGGAUGGUGAAAAACGCUGAAGAGGGUGGCCAGAAACAUGACGUGACUGAAACACCAACAAAGAAGAGCUCGCCCAAGAAGAAUGUGACAAAAACUGCUACUCCUAUGACCACCUCGGGCACCCAGACUACAGUGCGAAGCCUCUCAACUCCAGAGGAAAAACCAGACACAUCCAUCCUCUUCCCUACAGAACAGCCACAGAUCAAAGAGGACAGGGAAACUGCAACUCCUAGUAAACAAACAACUGAUGAAAGAACACCUGAGCCCAAGAAGAAGAAGAAGAAGAAGAAAGAGAGGGAGAAAAAUGAAGACAAAGGGGAAAAGAAUGAGCUAGGUGAAGAUGGAAAAGAGAAACAUGGUGAAGAGAAGAAGAAGGCCAAAGUCACGGGCCGGGAGGAUGAAAAGAAACCUGCGAAGGAGAAUAAAAAGGCAAAAGGAACAGAGAGCGAUGCUGAAAGGACCAAGGAAGACACAAUCGAGACAAACACAAGCGGGUACGCUGAUGAUAAGAACCUUUCAGAGUCAACGGUACAAGAAAAGAAACACAAGAAGAAGAAAAGGGAGAAAACUGGUAGUGAGGGAAGUUUAGAGCAGAUGGAAAAUUCUGAGCAGGAAGUGAAAGAAAACAAAGAGAAAAAACAGGAAGAAAACAACCCAAAUUCAGAGCACAUAGCUGAAGGAACGAAAGCCAAAAAGAAGAAAAAGAGGAAAACUGAUAGUGAGGAAACUUCAUUGCACGCAGCUGAGGAGAGGAAAGUAAUAAAAAAGAAACUGAUAUUUGAAAGCGAAAGCAUUUCAGAGCAAAUAACUGAAGAGAUAGAAAAUAAUGCAGAGCAAAAAGCUGAAGAAAAUGAAGAGACGUCAGAGCACACAGCUGAGAAAAAGAAAGCAAAGAAGAGGAAAAGGGAGUCUCUUAACGGUGAGGAAAAUCCCGAGCAAGUACUAAAAGAGAAGAAAUCGAAGAAGAAAAGUGAGAAUGUUGAGGAAAGAAAGCAGCUGUUUGAGGAUGCGGUGGAUAAUAAGAUGGAGGAAACGCCAGCGUGGGUCAGUAGCGUAAAAAAGAAAAAGAAAAAUAAACCCGCUGACACAGAGCCACUUCCUCCCCCCGACCUGCAGGCAACAAGUCCUCCAGCAGAGAAGAAGAAAAAGAAACGCAAAUUGAAAUCAGCUGAUAUCCUAGGAACAUUUGUAGAUUUAGUCCAAGACGCCGCAGCGACAGAAACCACCACAACUGACUCCCACAAAAAGAAGAAGAAAUCAUCAAAGAAUCAUGAAGAUGUUUGACUCUUCAUCCCUGCAGAGGAUGAGGGCAGCACAUCGCAUCUGUCCCAUUUCCAAUAGUAUAGAGGUGGAUAGUUAUGACUUAAAACUGUAAAGAAAAUCUAACUUUUUAUCUUUUUGGUACAUUUCUUUCUGUUUUGGUUUUUUUUUUUUUUUUUUUUAAGAUUUUUACUUAAAGGUUUCUAUGGUAGCUGCCAUAAUGGCAGGAUUAUGACAGGGUUGUGAUGUGGAAAUGAACACCUGUUGUAAUAUUUCUGUCUCAUAGUGAAAUUCAGUCGGGGUUGAAUUGAGAAAUGUCUUCUCUUUUUUCUGUUUUUUCAAAUACACCUUCUGUUUCACUCUCAAGAAUUUCCCCCCGUGAUAAUCCUGAGCUGGGUUCUCUAAACCACAUUUCAGGUUUUUAUGCAGAUUUCAAAGGUAGAACGAAGUGAAACUUCAUGAUUCUGAUUUGGAGCUUUACUCCUGUCCGAGCAGUCUUUUGGUAUUUGGCACCAGACAAAGAUUUUCUGAAAAAAAAAAAAUCUUUUUUUAACCAGCUAUAUAUUUAUUCGGUGACAUGACAACUGUUUUAACUACUGUGGGAAGAAGGGCAAAGUGUGUGUAUGUGAUGAGCAUUAUUUUUAAACAGUUUUAAAUGUUUGAUACAUUUUUUCAUAUAUCAAUUUUCUAUUAUGCUUUUAAUACAAAUGAAGCACCAUCA